UAUCACCGACAUAGAAGACAUUGAAUCCUACAACAAUGGGUUUACUUUGGUGGUGGAAGGGUAAGAAUUCCCAACCUGAACCCAAGUCAUCUAUUGAGAAUACCAAGAACGGCGGCGGUACGGUCAAAGCCACCGAUGCACCAGGGAUGAACGGCGCUGUGGAGGUUCAACGACCUUCCAACACCACUGUCUCCGUUUUCGAGUUUGGUUCUGUCGCCACUUCCAUUGAUAAGGUUACACUCGCCGGCUAUUGUCCAGUCUCAGAAGAUCUUGAACCUUGCCGUUGGGAAAUUCUCCCUGCAGUUGAGUCCAACGCGCCACAGUUUCGCGUUGUCUUCUGAUGAUUGUGUUAUGUAGUAUUCUCGUUUGUUUUUUCUAGUUCUCUAUAUGCUUGGAACCCAAAUUGAUGUAAUUUUUAUUAUAUAUGAAUUCUGUUUUUUUUGUUUUUUUUUGUUCUGUUGCAUUUUUGCUCCUUUAUUCCAAGUAUUGAUUCGGUUAGUUUGUAGAUGUCUGUGAUGUUCCAAUAAUUAGAGUUGUUUAUUAA